AUGUCUACACACUUCCAAGCUGGUAUCAGUGCUGCAGACAUGUCCAGGUUGAUAUCCUCCAGCAUCGGAGGUAAGCGGUGGCAGGUGCAGGCGGCGCAAGGGCAGCCAAGCGUGAAGUCGCAGAAGCGCAAGCAGAAGCACCUGUAUCUGGUGCUGGACGACUGGAACCAGGGCUACACCAUCCGCAAGAUCGACGACGACGGCGACAUCCGCCUUGACCUCAGCGACCCCCCUCUCCUCCGUCUAGCCUCACCCGCGCCAAAUUACCGCAUGUUCUUCACCUCCCUGGGCAGCCGCAUCAUCGCCGUCAGCAACCAGCACCCCGCCACCCUCGCCUACGACACGGACACGGCAGCACUGGCCGUGGGUCCUCCCCUGCCGGACGCGCUACUCAACGGCCUAGACAUCUUGGUCGUCCCUGCCGCCGAAAAGCUUUACGCGUUUGGGCACUGCGGGGACCGGCCUCAUUGCGUCGAGGUGAUGUCCUCCUCCUCCUCCUCCUCCUCCUCCUCCUCCUCCUCCUCCUCCUCCUCCUCUGCCAAGCAGCACCCGUGGCCAUGCAGCAGCUCUCUGAUCCCGAGCAGGGACUGGUCCUGGAGGAGCGUCGCGCCGUUGCCCUUCACCGAGGGCGAAGUGAUAAACUCCUACGCCGUGCACCCAGACGGUCGCACCGUCUUCGUCUCCUCUAGCUUCAGCCGCAUCUUCUCCUUCGACGCCGGUAACGGUAGUGGUAGUGGAUGGAGCUUCCAUGGGGACUGGGAGCUGCCCUUCGAGGGUCAGGGAUACUUCGACAGCGACCUGGACGCAUGGGUUGGGCUCGACCUGGACGGCUACAUCGGCACCUGCCAGGUCCCCUCCCGUAGCACCGGCGGCACAGCUGAGCAGCUGGACUGGAAGACGGCCAAGGACAAGCUGUGGAACGAGGAGCAGCAUCUGGAGCCUACUCUCACCUGCAUGGGCAAUGCCAGGUUCUGCCUUGUGGAUUCUGUCGAGGGAGAGCUGCAGAUCACCACGUUUCGCCUCAGGUACUCUCGUAAGGGGGAGCUGCAGAUCAUCGACCGCAGCACCAGCUCCUGUCCAGUGCCUAAGUACACCGGCAGUUUCUCACCCGUAGCGUUCUGGAUCUAGUUAUUUGCUGUUUACUAGGUUGAUUACUAGUUCAUACAGUAUAUGCAAUGCGACAUUAGCUCUCUGUCCGUCCUCCUGGAUGUAAAUUAUGAUCAUUCCUUUGACUGCUCAA